AUGCCACGGUUUUGUCGUUCGUUCAACCCGUUGCUCGAGUCAGUACAGUUCUUUCCGAGUUCCAGAUCGAGUCUCAAGUCCAUAAUUAACCCACAAGCAUGUCAGCAAAUCAUCGAUAAGCUUGACUUGAAAAAAAAAUACCCCAAGUCUAACUCAUUGAACAUUGUAGAUAUUUUCCCAGGGUUUGGAUUGUUUUCCACCAUGAUAAAUCAAGAGUUAAGGCCUAAAAAGCAUAUUCUUAUGGAAGAAACAAAGGUGUGUAUACCUCAUUAUGAGGGUUUAUUCGAACUUUUGCAGAAAGACAAGAAGUAUAAUGAUAGUUUUGUACUUUACCCCAAGAACGGCUACAAAUGGGAGUCAUAUGAGACGAUGGUAAAUGAAGACAAAUUGCUCGAGAUCAACACACAAUCCGAGGAUAAUAUCCACGAUGAACUAUUAAUUGUUGCCAACAUGCUUACCCUUACCUAUGGAGAAGCAGUGUUUGCUCAAUGGCUAGCAUGCUCAGCACAUAAAAACUGGUUACAGAAAUAUGGUAGAGUUAGAAUGAUUUGUGUUUUGCCAGAAGUGACGGCUCAAAAGUUCUUAUCGGGUCCAUCAUUCUUCAGAAGAAACAGAAGUUCUAUCAAACGGGAUUUAUUUACGGAUACCAAGCUAAUUGCCAUCAAUGAGAUGGAAGGUGAUAACUAUGCACCAGAUGGGUAUGGUUACGACCCAAAUUUAUUGGUAAAGGACCAGCCUGUGAUUGUUCCUUUGACAACCAUAUACCCGGCUCCAACCAGAAUGGCAGUUGUUGAGGUGAAUCCAAAACAAACAGUGGAUAUCAACACAGAUUAUUUGGACUAUAUAGCCCAGAUUUUGAUGUACAGAAGAACCCAUCCCCUCCAAGAAGCAUUGAAAUACCUAAGUCCUGGAGCAGAAGAAGAUUUGGGCCCCAAGCUCAAGCACCUCUUGGAAAAGACCCCUAGAGAUUUAACAAGUGAAGACUUUCAUGAACUUGUUAAGGCAUUCGAGAGUUGGCCAUUCAAGCCUUCUUUGGAAGAACGGUUGAGUCUCAAUCCUUCACCAGAUGACGACUAA